UCCGGAGGCGGGGCUAAUGCGCAGGCGACUUGGGGCUGCUUGCGCAUGCGCGUUUGCAGGCCUGGGGUCGGCUGUCUAGCGUAGCGGUCGGUAGCGGCUCGAGCGGACGCCGGGAUGUGGUACGAGAUCCUGCCCAGCGCGGCCAUUAUGGGCCUGUUCCUGACCAUCCCCGGCGUGUCCCUCAUCCACAUCCACAGAUACCUCAACGGGGGCAAGGAAAAGAGAAUCGCUCGCCAUCCCUACCAGUGGUACCUGAUGGAAAGAGACAGGCGACUGUCGGGGGUUAAUGAAUACUAUCGGUCCAAGGGAUUGGAGAACAUUGACUAAGAAGCAACUCAUUGAGUGAAGAGUCCUAGUUCUUGUACAAAGCAGUUUAGCUCCAGUAAACAUGCAUGUAUAUUUGAUGCAAUGUGUUAUAUGUUGCACAUAAACCUGGAAAAUGAAA